AGCUGGAAAGUGAAGCAAAAUAUUCACAGCUGUGGGAUCUAUCAUGGUACGCAGAACAAAUAUUUACAAUCUGUGUCACAUCUGACCUCUUAUUAUUCAUAAUGAACCUUGAGCAAGGAGAAAAUAACUGAACACAUGCAUAUGUUUAUAGGAACAGCAGCGAUCAUGAAGUUUUUCAUGUCACGUAAAAAAUAAGCCAGUUCAACUGAACUAAACUGAACUGAUAACAACACUGUGCUAGCUCUGAGCAGAUGAAGACUGGGACUUUAGCAAAGGGAAUAUUAAAGCGGUGUGAGAAGGCUGCUGUUAUCCUUUUCGAGAAGAUUUUUUCCUGGUGCUGACCAGUGUACUUAAAAGAAAUAAAGAGCAAAUUCAGAAGGACAGGAAUGAAUUACUAGGUCUUUGCCCAGCUAACAAAACCCAACCUUUCUAGUUUACAAUACUUGGGGAGAAAAAAACUGGAAUUACAACUAUGUCUGUACCAGAGAAGGAACACCUAACUAGUGCUGCUCAGACAGAAGAAAGUGAAGAUGAGAGUGAGGUAUUGGAAGAGAGCCCUUGUGGUCGAUGGCAGAAACGUAAGGAACAGAUGAACCAAGGGAACGUUCCUGGGAUUGAGAGUGCAUUCCUGGCCAUGGACACAGAGGAAGGAGUGGAGGUCAUCUGGAAUGAGGUGCAAUUCAAGGACAAGAAGAUUUUCAAACAGCAUGAGGAGAGUAUCAUCACAAUGUUCGAUAAGCUGCUGUUGCUGGAACAUCCUAACAUUGUCAAGUUCCACAAGUACUGGUUGGAUAUUCUGGAGAACAGUGCAAGGGUGGUAUUCAUUACAGAAUAUAUGUCCUCAGGGAGCUUAAAGCAGUUUCUUAAGAAAACCAAGAAAAAUCACAAAACUAUGAAUGCUAAGACUUUAAAACGGUGGUGUACGCAAAUACUUUCUGCUUUGAGCUAUUUGCAUUCGUGUGACGCACCUAUAAUCCACGGCAACCUCACCUGUGACACCAUAUUUAUCCAGCACAAUGGUCUUAUAAAGAUUGGAUCAGUAUGGCACAGGAUUUUUGCAAACGCUUUUGCUGAGACUCUACCCAUUCCAAGUCUCUCUCAAGAGGAAGAGAAGAACCUUCACUUUUUCCCACCAGAAUUUGGAUCAAAAUAUGACAACCCAGCCUUUGACAUCUUCUCUUUUGGGAUUUGUGCAUUAGAGAUGGCAAUGCUGGAGAUUCAGGGCAAUGAAGACUGCAGGAUAUCCAAAGAUGCUAUAAUGCAGGCUUGUCGGUCGUUGGAAGAUUCACUAAUGAUGGAGUUUAUUCUGAAAUGUCUAUCAAGUGAUCCUCAGCAGCGUCCAACAGCCCAUGAUUUGCUCUUUCAUCGUGUCCUGUUCGAAGUCCAUUCGCUAAAGCUUCUGGCAGCCCACAGCUUUCUCAACAAUCAGAAUUCAAUACCAGACAAUGUAGUUGAAGAAAUGACCAAACCAAAAGACCCAAAUGCAGUUGGGGCUGAAAUUUGCCACAGAGGUUCACAAGUGAUACAAUGGAGAUACUCCAAUGUUCCUACCUUGGAGCUGGACAAGUUUAUAGAAGAUGUACGGAAUGGAAUUUAUCCAUUGAUGAACUUUGCUACACCACAGCCCCCACAUCUAGCUCGGUCUUUCCUACACCCUCUGGAGGGCACUGAUAAUGUAAGAGUCCCUACUCCUGACCCCAUUGAAAUGGAAACCAGGAAGAUAGUCCAGAUACAAUGUACCCUGGAAUCAAAUGCUGAAAGCUCAAGGCUUCAUUUGACGCUUCUCCUCAAAAUGGAAGACAAGUUGCACAGACAGCUUACCUGUGAUGUCCUCCCUUCUGACAAUUCAACUGACUUAGCUGCAGAACUAGUUCAUUAUGGAUUCAUUAAUGAAGAUGACUGUGAGAAGUUAGCAAACUUUCUGGAAGAGGUCAUCAACAGACAGCAGUUUAAUGGAACCAGCCACUCCUAUGUUUUGACCACAAUGCACUGAAUUAAGGACAGAAUCUGAUCUGCUGCACUUUCUGCUGUCACCAAUUUGUGGAGCCAUUGAUGAGGAACCACUGGUGUAUUUGUGCCCAAGAUGUGGUGCCACAGUUACAUGUCAGCAACAUGUGACAGUGAACAGUUGGGAUUGAAAGAAGGCUCUCCUGCUGGUAUCAGAACUGGGAAAAGAAGCAGUACCUGUAGAACAAAGAAGGCGAUACAGAUACAAUGGUGUUUGGACCAAGCAAUCCAAUGGAAACUAUGUCUUCAGAUUAAGACACCCAAAAUGAAUUAUUUUUAUGCAAAUCUGUAAUCGUUGCUACUAUUAAAUGUCUAGAAUACACUGAGGAAAAUUUGGAUUAGGUCUUUUUUGUUGAAACUACUUAUGCAAACCUGAAAUUUUAAAGCAUUCAUUUUCACUGUUCCCUGGCCUUCAUUCAUUUCCAUAGCACUGAAUAAGAUAAUUUUAUUCUUUAAUAUUAAAUUUCAAAACCUCUACAGUACACUGUUAGUGUAUUAGAAAAGAAUCAUAAACAUGUGAGCUAGCAACAAAGGUGAUUUUCAAAGCAUAAUAUUAGGCUUAUAAAGAUUUACUUUAUAAGCCUAUACAUUUCCAGUAUUUUAGAUAAUGGUACUGAUAUAUGACACUCAUCAUCAAGGGCUGAUGGCUUUCUUAUAGUCUAUAUUUGUUAACUGGAUUUAAAAAAUGAAAGACAAAGGAUGGUAAAAAAAGGUAUUCCCUCAUUCCCUUUGGGAAGGAUGGGUAUUAUUAAAUUAAAUAUUUUAUGGCGCUGUUGGGGUAGUAGUGAAUAAAUUAGCCACAUUUUUGUGGGCAUCCAACAUUAAUAGAUAUUUUGCAUUCAGAAUCAUCAAUUAGAAAAAGGAAUGAGACAACUUAAAAACUGUAUAAAUCACCAUCAUUGACUGGCAAAGUGAAAGACAGUUGCCGUUCAUGCUCAUCAACUCACUUGACUGAUCUAUUGUUUCACAUAGGUUGGAACCAGCUUUUUUACGAGACAUCUAGGAAAGCCAAACUGAAAAUCAGACAUUUUGUUGAUCAAAUAUGUUGAUGCAUGGUUAGGAUAAAAUAAAAGGUACAUCUAUUGUUAUGGUAGGAAGAACCACACUGACUGCACUGACUACAAAUGUUGACAAAGAGUCAGUGUCCGGUAUGUCUGACAAGUCUUCGAUUUAUAAGGCAAAUGUAGCUGAAUUAGAACAGUAAGACUUUUUCUAUAUUCUUUGUCCCUGUUUUGUGUAAUUUGUCAAUGAAAAAAAAACUUAUAGAACUAGUUUAACUUUCCCACACUUGGUUUUAGAGUUUCCUACUGGUUGUUCAACUUUGCUCACAUCCCCUUUAUCAUGCAUUACUAUGAAAGAUGAUAUCAGAUCAUUCAUUAUAAAGACUGGUCAUACAGGUAACAUGCCUGUAUUGAUAUUAUGACUGCUGUUCAUGAAAUAUGGCCCUGGGCAGUGGUAGUAAUCUUUGUGACAAAGACCUGUACUCUUUAAAUUUAAUUGAGGUAGAAAUCCUCUAUAACCAGAUGUACAUCUAUUUAUUUUAGGAAAUCCUCUUUGGCUGCCUACAACUGACUAUACUACGACUUAAUGUAUAAUUUCAUAAUUUUACAGUACUACAAGAGACUUCUCAAUGGCCCUUACAGAUAGUUUUAAACAUUGUUAAUAUUCUUAAUAAAGCAAAGAAUGUUCUAAAUCUAGGUAGAGCCCCCACAUUACCAGCAGGCCUUCAGUAAGCAAAGAGUACCCUAGUGCCCAGAGCUAGCUAUGCUGUUGUAAACUAGCAAGACAGAAGGGGUGUUACUACGCAAGACACUUUCUGUUGCUGUUUAACAUCCAUCUUCAUAUUGUACAGAGUGGGUUAGAAAAGAGAGAGAGACGUGUAAUACCAAAGAUAGGUUUCACCAAAACAAUAGCAAAAACUCUCCCACCUUCAAGAAGUGUUUGAGAGCUAUUAUAUCAAAUAGCUUAAACAAGGGUAUAUUGCGCCAAGUCACAUACAUCUAGAUGCUACAAUGUUUUAAAUGAAAGUAUAUUCCUUGCUAUACCUCAGCAAUGUUUUUACUUAAAUUGUAUUUGAUUUGUUCAGAAGAAUGUAUGUAAGGAUUAUAAAAACUUAUUUCAAUAUAUUAAUUGUAUCAUAAAACUGAAACACAUUGCACUGACUCAUUUAAUCAUUUCAAUCUUAAGACAGCAAAAUGUUUUCUCAUUUUUUUUAUAACAAAAUAUAAACAAGAUGGUUAUAUCUGUGUUCUUGUAUAUAUAAUUUACUUCAGUCUACCACACUUGCGCUAAUGUCACAUUUCAGUAUAUUCAUUAUGAUUGAUAUUUCACCCCUUUGCCAGAGAAAUGGCAACAAUGAUGCUAACACAGAAUUAGAAGUUGGUUUAAGUAAAUGGCAAGAGAUAAAAUACAUUUUUAUAUUUUUAGUAAGUACGUAUAAAAAUGCACAAAUAUAGAAAACUGUUUGAGAAUUA